AUGUCGACCGAAACUUCAUCUCGAAACAUCGCCGCUGAAAGCAUCACCAACUGGACUCUUGCUCCCAUUGCCCACGGCGGCUGGGGCGAAGUAUUCAAGGCCUCGUACAAUGACGCCGUGGUCGCUGUAAAGCAGCCCUUUCGCGGCCACUCCGAUGCAGAGCUGGUCGAAUUUCGGAAAGAAAUCGCCAUCUGGCGCAGACUGAACCACCGACACGUUCUUCCGCUCUUCGGCGCCUGCGACAACAACUCCAAGCACUGCAUAGUCUCACCAUUCAUGCCCAACGGCACCCUCCACGAUUAUGUCAGAGAUCCAGCAAACAUUCGUCCCCUCGAGGAGAAGCUUUGCCUCCUUCGCCAAGUGGCUUUGGGCAUGGCGUAUCUCCACAGCAACAACGUCGUUCACGGCGACCUGAAGCCAAUGAACGUUCUGUUGGAUGCAUCGUUUUCAGCCGUCAUCUCGGAUUUCGGCUUGUCCCACAUUUGGACCGACUCGGCCCAGACCAACAACCAGCAGGGAGUGUCCGUUUGCGGCACUCCAGGCUUCAUGGCCCCCGAGCUGCUGGGCUCCAACCACGAAGCGCAGACCACGAAGCGCUCGGAUGUCUUUGCCUUUGCCAUCACCAUCCUCACUGUCCUCAACAACGCCGCGACCCCCUGGGUACUCAGCUCACAAUCCAUGGGUGGCUACACCGUUUGCAACUAUGUUCUCGAGGGUGGUCGGCCCAGCCGUUUCGAAGGCAUCCCCGACGACGUCUGGCAGCUCGUCAGCGAUUGUUGGAAGCAAGAUCCCAACGACCGCCCCGAGUUCCCCAGCAUUGUC